AUGUCAACACAAACCCCAGAUAUUCAAUCUAUCCUAGCGGCGCUGGCUUCACAACGCCAAGCGCCUCAAGCAGGAGGCCAGGCUCCCGGACAACCAUACCCCUCAUCCGACCAGCAAGCAGGAUAUCACGCGCCCUCUGCGCCUGCGUCGUAUGGCGCCCCUCCAGGUUACGCGAUCCCCCAGCCAGCCGCGUCUGGUAGCAUGGAUCUUAGCGCUAUUCGCCCUGUGAAUUCUGGGACCGUAAGCAUCGCAGACGCGAUCGCCAAGGCCAAGUCUUAUGCUGCUGAAGCUGGUGUUGCCUCGUAUGACCGCCCAGCUGGUUAUUCGUCUCACAACGGACGAGGAGAUGGACGUGAUAGCCGUGACUAUCGCCGUCGUAGCCGCUCGAAGUCGCCUGCUGCCCGCCGUGAAAACUAUCGUGAAAACUAUAACCCUUACAGGGAUGAGCGCCGGGAGGAGCGCUCGCGUGACUAUGCCCAACCAAGCAACCGGUUUUCUCCAGAUGAUAGAAACCGUGGUGGCGCGCACCGUAACUCUAACGGAAGAGAUCGACCAUCGUCGCCGUCGAGGGGCUCUGGUGGUAUGGGGGCCGCUGGCGGAGACGACAACUCAGAAACUAUUCAUAUUGAAGGCAACCUAGUUGGCCUGAUUAUUGGCAGACAGGGUGAGAACCUUCGGCGUAUUGAGAGCGAGACCGGUUGUCGUGUGCAAUUUCUUGGCACCGCGGAUAACUCGCCAAUGCGACAGUGCAAGAUAACCGGGCCUCGUGCUCGCCGUGCAGACGUGAAAGAAGCCAUCGAUCGUAUUAUCCGUGAUACCGGCGUUGGUCCUGCCAGCCGAGGAGGGCCCGCGGCGGAUCGAGGGGCACCCGCACCCGUCAAGGACCAGCGUGGGGGAGCGGCCGCCCUCCGAGAGGGCGAGGACCACAUGCAGAUCAUGGUCCCUGACCCUACGGUGGGUCUAAUCAUCGGUCGCGGUGGGGAAACGAUCCGCGAUCUUCAAGAAAGGUCAGGUUGCCACAUUAACAUUGUCGGCGAAUCCAAGAGUAUCAAUGGCUUGCGACCAGUAAAUUUGAUUGGAUCGCUCGAGGCUGCCCAGAAAGCGAAGGACCUGAUUAUGGAAAUUGUGGAUAGCGACAGCCGCGGCGAGGGCGGUGCCACCGCAGCGGCGCCGCAUCCCCCAAAGAGAAAUUUCGGAGGACAGGGCGACUCUCACUCGUACGGCCACGAGAGCAGGUCCGGUCCUCCUCACCGUGGUGGUGACGGCGGUGGUAGCGGAGGCCCCAGCGGCGACAAGUCGCAGGAAAUCAUUCGGGUUCCAUCGGAUGCUGUCGGUAUGAUUAUCGGCAAGCGAGGUGACACCAUCCGCGAGAUCCAGAACGUGACGGGCUGUAAAAUCAAUGUAUCCCAAUCCUCGGGCGAGGGUGAGAGUGAGCGAGAGAUCACCCUCAUUGGUGCCCCAGACAGCAUAAGCCGCGCUAAGCGAGCUAUCGAUGAGAAGAUUGAUGCAGUGCGUAUGAAGGGCUCUGGUCCCAGUGGCGGUGGAGGUGGUGGCCGAGGUGGUGGUCGCGGAGGAGGCGGUGGUGGUGGUGGUGACCACGGAGGAUACAACAGCCAUCAUUCUGGUGGUCCCAUGUCCAACUCUGCCCCUCAAUCUAACCCACCCCAGCCCCAGGCUGCGGCCGACGGCUCGGAUCCGUAUGCUCAGUCAACUAUUCUAGAUGGCGGGUAUCAGAAUUAUCUUACCAUGUGGUAUGCGCAGUGGCUCGGGUCUGCCGGAGCCAACGCCCAAGCACCCGGAGACGCCAGCCAACCACGGUCUGGGACCCAGUAG